AUGCCACAUCUGGUGCUUCAGCCAAAGACUAUUCAUGCCACGUCCAAGAACCUUGUGGUCAAGAUCCGUGGUAUCGCAUACUCUACAAGAGUCAGUCCAGCCAGUGUCAAUCGACUGAUCGAUGCGUCUCGUGGCGUUCUUAAAGGCACCGAGGUCGAGACGUUUAUUUAUUCGGAUGUUGCUAGAGGUGAGGAGUCUGGCAAGAGUCCUGGUUUUGGUGCCACCAUUGUGGCCGAAACUAAAGGUGGUUGGCCCAUUUCAGCCGAAGGAAUUGCUACCGCCGGAGUCACUCCCGAAGAUCUUGGAACCCAGGUGGCUGCCAAACUAUUGCACGAGCUUUCUCUAGGAGGAACUGUAGGAAGAAAUCAGGUGUCGCUGGCUCUCGUGCUUAUGGUUCUAGGAAAAGAAGACGUGGGCCGUAUUUCCCUUGGCAAGGGAGUCAUUGACGCGAAAGUGGUCCGUUUGUUGCGAUAUAUCAAAAAGUUCUGGAAUUUAGAAGUGGUAUUGAGAGAAGACGGCGAGUCCGAGGUCAUGUGUACCGUCAAAGGCUCGGGUUUCGUCAGUUCCAGUAAAAAAGUCGCUUAG